AUCUUGAAUCUAACGGUGAUUUAAAUAAUGAUGAUUAUGAGUAUGAGGAUGAAGCUAAACUUGUCAUAUUUCCAGACCACUAUGAAAUUCCUUUACCCAAUAUAGAAGAACUGCCAGCACUGGUGACAAUAGCUUGUGAUGCAGUCCUCAGUUCGAAAUCUCCCUACAGAAAGCAAGACCCAGACUCAUGGGAAGAAGAGCUGCAAAUCUCCAAACAUGCCAACACUCUGGUGCAAAUGGACAACGGGGUCAGGAUUCCACCAAGUGGCUGGAAGUGCUCCAAGUGUGACUUACGGGAGAAUCUUUGGCUAAACCUCACUGAUGGAUCAAUACUUUGUGGCAAAUGGUUCUUCGAUGGCAGUGGAGGAAACGGACAUGCGCUCGAACAUUACAAGGAGAUGGGUUAUCCCUUGGCAGUGAAGCUUGGAACGAUUACUCCUGAUGGUGCAG